AUGCCCGAGUUACUUUUAGAUCCAAAUAUCCGAUUUUGGGUGUUUCUACCCAUUGUCAUAAUUACAUUUUUGGUUGGAAUUGUGAGACAUUAUGUAUCACUUAUACUGUCCUCUCAAAAAAAGAUUGAACUUAUUCAGGUUCAAGAUAGUCAAGUAAUGAUACGUGCGAGGUUGCUUCGAGAGAAUGGGAAGUAUCUACCUAGGCAGUCAUUUGCUAUGCGUCGCCACUGGUUUAACAAUGAAGAAACAGGCUAUUUCAAAGUACAGAAAAGAGCUGCUGCUUCACAGAAUCCUAUGACAGAUCCAGGCAUGAUGACUGACAUGUUGAAAGGUAAUCUGACAAAUGUCUUGCCUAUGAUUGUCAUCGGAGGAUGGAUUAACUGGAUGUUCAGUGGUUUUCUUACAACCAAAGUACCUUUUCCGCUGACUCUGCGAUUCAAGCCGAUGCUUCAGCGCGGCGUUGAGCUAGCGUAUCUGGAUGCUUCAUGGGUGUCAUCAGCUUCAUGGUAUUUCCUCAAUGUAUUCGGUUUGAGGACAAUAUAUGCACUUGUACUGGGAGAAAAUAAUGCUGCCGACCAGUCGAAAAUAAUGCAAGAGCAGAUGUCUGGAGCGGCAAUGGCGAUGCCUCCCGACCCCAAGGCUGCCUUCAAGGCCGAGUGGGAGGCUCUGGAGAUCACCGAACAUAAGUGGGCGCUCGCCAAUGUCGAAGCAGAUUUAUUACAAAGCAAUACGGAGUGAUCCUAGUUUAUUUAUAGACUACUCUAUCAGAUUCAAUGGUGGUUACCAAUAACAUUUGUAAUCGUAUUCAAAA